CGGCAGAUAUCCAUCAUGGGAACUUUUGUGCAGAACUCAGCCCAGGAGGAUGAACAUAUUUUCAGAAGCCGGUCCCCAGAUGUCCGAGUGCCUGAUAACAUCACGUCUGAAUUUUUGCUCCAAAAUGCGGAAUUAUACGCUGGAAAUGUUGCAUUCAUGGAGGCUGUGACCGGAAAGAAAAUUACCCACGGCAAGGUGUUUGCUAAGGCCUUAUGGUCUCUUGGCCUUAAAAAGGGGCAAGUGGAGGUGGUUGUUCUCCCAAAUGUAGCAGAGUAUGCCAUUGUUGCCUUGGGAAUAAUGGCUGCUGGUGGUGUAUUUUCGGGUGCAAAUCCGUCUGGGCACGCAUCUGAAAUUAAGAAGCAGGUUGAGGUUGCUGAUGUCAAGAUAAUUGUAACAAAUGGUGCAACUUAUGAAAAGGUAAAAGCUUUUGGGGUGCCAGUAAUUCUGCUUGGAGAAGAAGUUAUUGAAGGUGCUAUGAACUGGGAAAACCUACUUGAAGCAGCAGACCGUGCCGGAAACAUAAUUGAUGAGGAGCUGCAGCAGACUGAUCUAUGUGCCCUUCCCUUCUCAUCAGGCACAACAGGAUUGUCUAAGGGUGUAAUGCUGACUCAGCUAAACCUAGUAGCGAACCUCAGCUCCACGCUUUUUGGAGUAACGCCAGACAUGAUUGGUAAAGUAACCGUGCUAUGCCUAAUUCCAUUCUUCCACAUCUAUGGGAUCACUGGAAUAUGUUGUGCCACACUUCAAAACAAGGGGAAAGUGGUAGUGAUGGGAAGAUUUGAACUUCGCACAUUUCUUAACGCGUUGAUCUCACACAAGGUCACGUAUGCACCCAUUGUGCCACCGAUCAUUUUGAACUUGGUUAAGAAUCCAAUUAUUGAUGAGUUUGAUCUUAGUAAGCUCAAACUCCAAGCUAUUAUGACUGCAGCAGCUCCUCUUGCUCCGGAAGUCCUCAACGCUUUCGAAAACAAGUUUCCCCGCGUCCAAGUCCAAGAGGCAUAUGGACUGACGGAGCAUAGCUGCAUCACACUCACUGAACAUGCAGGACCAGGUCUUGUAGCAAAGAAAAACUCAGUAGGGUUUAUUCUUCCAAAUUUGGUAGUCAAAUUCAUUGACCCCAACACCAGUCAAUCCCUACCGAGAAACACUCCCGGUGAACUUUGUGUUUUGAGUCAAUGCGUAAUGCAAGGUAAAGGAUAGAGAUUUACAUCAAAUGACUAUCGACACAAUGGAUAGCUUCACACUGGAGAUAUUGGCUAUAUAGAUGAUGAUGACAACGUCUUUAUUGUCGAACGGAUCAAGGAAUUAAUCAAGUACAAAGGUUUCCAAGUGGCUCCUGCUGAACUUGAGGCCAUUCUUCUAUGUCAUGCCUCAGUUGAAGAUGUAGCAGUAGUCCCGCUGCCGGAUGAAGAGACAGGGGAGAUUCCAGCAGCAUGUGUUGUGAUAACAGCUGGUGCAAAAGAGAGUGAGGAAGAAAUAAUCAACUAUGUGGCCUCGAAAGUUGCACAAUACAAGAAAGUGAGAGUGGCGCACUUUGUGGUCACAAUACCAAAAUCACUCUCCGCGAAGGUCAUGAGAAGGCUUGUCAAAGAGAGCAUGAUAGAAAAGAGCAAGGCAUCCAAGCUCCACUGCCUUAACUAA